AAAAAAUUUUCUUUUGUUAAUUUCCUUUUUUUUAUAUGAAAAGAAUUAUAGAGAAGGCUCCCACAUUAAUAUUGAUUUAAAUAUGAAUUUCUUUUUUUCGUGAAUAUUUAUACGGGAGAGUAAAAUUUUAAAUAAAUAAAGAAUAAAAUUAAUGAAUUAUUAAUUGGCGGUAACAAAGAAAUUUUUUUUUCUUUUUAUGGAAUAUUUCACGUCAUUGGCAUUUGAAUGCGCGGUACUGAUUCCAUUUUUGUGAAUUUAUCAACGCAAGAGGGAGUAGAAAUGUUUACUGUGCACAGUAAUUGUUAAUUUGUGGUGUUAUUAAUUAUAAACAAGUGAUAUAAAUAAAGAAACAGCAACAUAUGCUUCCUAUAAAUUAUUCAAAAUGCCUGAUGAAAACAUUGGCUCCCAAUAUUCAACUUGGGUUGGCCUGAUAUAUAUUUUUAAUUUAAUAGUUGGUACAGGGGCAUUAACACUACCAGCUGUUUUUAGUCGUGCAGGAUGGUUACUUGGCGUGAUAGUUAUUUUAAUUUUAGGCCUCAUAAGCUUCAUUACUGUUACAUUUGUAAUAGAAGCGAUGGCAUCGGCUAAUGCUGUAAUUAAAUGGAAUCGAAUUCAAAAUAGUAAACGAGAAGUUAAUGUACAAGAUUUUAAUGAAUCUGAGGGCAUUGAAUCAAUGAGAGAAGUGAGUUCCGAGGAUUGUGAGGAUACACCGCUGGUUAAUCAGCAAACGGAUAAUUUGGAAGAAAAUGAAAUAACAUACAGACAUUAUGUUAUUGAUGAAAAAGUUGAAAUGGGAGAGAUGGCAUCGAUUUUCUUCAAUAAAUUUGGAGUGAUUUUAUUUUACGUCUGUUUGAUUGUUUAUCUUUUUGGUGAUUUGAGCAUUUAUUGUGCGGCUGUGGCAAAAACUUUGGCAAACGUUGUUUGUACGUACAUACCUGAGAAUUACACGAUCAAUGAUACGAUUCCAGAUACUGCACCAUGUUGGAAAGAUUCAAAAUAUAAUAGACUCGAUGCUUAUGACAACUAUUUGUCAUUAUUCAUCGUUGUGAUGGGACCUUUCGCAUUUUUCAACGUUCAAAAAACGAAAUAUUUGCAGUAUUUAACGUCAGCAAUGCGGUGGCUUGCUUUUAGUAUAAUGAUUAUAUUUGCUUUGCAAAAAAUUAUUGCCAAUGGUCCUCAAGGAAAUCCACCACCUGUGAAUUUAUCAGGAAUUCCACGAUUAUUUGGUGUUUGUGUUUACUCUUUUAUGUGUCAUCAUUCACUGCCAGCAUUGGUUGCGCCGAUAAGCAAUAAAGGAACACUCAACAGGUCAUUAGCAUUCGAUUAUCUAUUAAUUGCAUUUUUCUAUUUGAUUUUAGCGUUAACGGGAACUUUUGCAUUUGCACAUGUUGACGAUCUUUAUACAUUAGAUUUCGAUCCAAAUGGAGGUGAAAAUAUUUCCAAUUUAUUCGUUAAAAUAAUUGACUAUUUUCUAACAUUAUUUCCCGUUUUUACAUUGAGCACAAAUUUUCCCAUAAUUGCAAUUACAUUGAGAAAUAAUUUACAAACACUCUUCUUUAGUCAGAAUAGAAAAUAUAAUAUUGCUAUUAGAAUAAUUAUAGCCUGUUCCGUGAUAUUGUUACCAUUUUCUGUUGCAAAGUACACUAAAGAUUUAUCGAUUCUUGUUGGAAUCACUGGCUCUUAUGCAGGUACGGGAAUUCAAUAUUUAAUACCGACAUUUUUAAUUUAUUACGCUAGACGUCACACUAGUGAGACAAUUGGACUUGGUAUUACGAAUAAAUUUGCUAGUCCUUUUAAAAGUAAUUAUUGGCUGAUUUUUGUUUUUAUCUGGUCAAUUGCUUGUAUGAUUUUAGUUUCGGUGAAUUUGAUAGAAAUUCAUUUGAAUUCGACUUGAAAAUUUCUUUCUUUCUUUUUUUGAUAAAAUUUUUUAUAUAGAUCUGUUUUACUUUUUACAUUGCCUUUAUGGUGAUUGAAAUAGACAAUACUUUGGCACAAGUCAAGAUACGUGAUAAAAAUAUAUAUAUUAUAA